UGUGCGCCAAUCUACGAGGGUGCAGAUCCAUCCGUGAUGCAGUGGUGGAAGACGGUGCGUGCAGCCAUGUCGGGUCGGUUGAAGUCAGAUCCAUCCGUGGCGGGCAUCUUGCAAGCGCUAGCAGGUGCCGGCGAUGAAGAAGAGGACGGCAGGCCAAUUGAACUCAGUGCACCGUGAAUCAGACAUUGAUGGACUGCGCCAAGAGGGUAAAGGUGGGUCAGGCACCAGCGGACAUGGCGCCAUGGAGACACAAUGGUUGCCGCUGCAAGAGCAUCUAUGGAACGGACACAAAAAUACUUUUGACAUUGGCUGAACGGAAUCAGAAUUACGUAUUUGCAGGGGUUCCAGAAAAAAAUGGAAAAGGUGCUCCAAAAUUUUCAGUGGUGGUGGAGCUGUUGUGCCUGAUGGCACAGAUAAUAUCGAGGAACCUGAAGUGCCAGAAAUGGACGAUGACAUGCCAGAUGCUCCAGCGGCUGAAACGGUGUUGCCAAACCCGUCCAGUCAUCCACGCCUAUCCGAGAUAGGAGAAAUA